CGCUUAAAAGGGGGGAAACGAGAAGCAGGCGUCAGUUAGCAGACAUGCGCCUCCUCCUUCUGUUCUUGGUCCCCAUUGUUGCAGAGGGCAGCAUUCUUGGAGCAAUCCACUCGCUCCUGAAUUACAACGAAGGCAAUGAAGCAUCGGACGAUUUCCUUUUCGGCGCCAUCCUCGCAAAGGGACAACUAAGUGCUACUAAAUUAGUCAACAAAGAUAUAGAAAAUGACAUCGAGAUCCUAAAACACAAAAUUGACAAGAUCAUCGAUAAGAAUGGACGAUUUUAUAUCAACAGGAAUUCGGAGGAAAGAGUAGCAACAUCAAUGAAAAAAUUGAAGAAAGAUGUACUUUUACCAUUGAAACCAGAAGACUAUCUUCCAUAUGAUCUUCAAUAUAACUUCCUCUACGGUACUCCGUCCAUGUUCAAUUCAACAGUUUGUAUCACGGAGGCUUUGUUGGGAGACAGAAUAACGGACUUUUGCCUGAGCCAAAUGACUGAUGAAAGUGCCAGGGGCUAUACCUUGAGCCACCAAGUCCUGUAUUUCUCCUUAGCAGCAGCGAUGUCACCAUUACCUUUCACAAGAGAUUUAUUAGAUAAAAGAUGUGGAAGAGUUCUAACUGAAGUUAAUACAAUAUUAAAAAAUGGAAUGCCACUGAAACUUCGGGACCUAUUCGUUGAAGAUGUUGCUGUUUGUGGAUUGAGUAACUACCCAGAAUUCUUAACAAACAGAGUACUGGAUUUCAUAUUGAGUCUACAACAUUCAUCUGGUUGCUUUUCACCAGGAGGCCCACUGAAAAAUUGUGAUGAACACUUGUCAGCAGUAUCAAUGUUGGCUUUGACAAAUUUUUUGUAUUCUCACAGUGAAGGAAAAUUUCCACAUGAUAAUUAAACUUAACAGUAAUAGUAAAAUACUGAUGUAAUCAUUAGAGGAAAUAUAAGUUAACAA